CCGUGCCGCGGGGGGCGGCGCGGCGGAACCCCGCGCUCGUUCCCGGCGGCGGGCGCCGCUCCGGCCCGCCCCGCACCGGACUAAAGGCGCCGGGCUUCGGCGGGCUCGGUUGCUGCUGUUGCUGCCGUCGCCGCCUCAGCAGGAGGAGGAGAAUGGAGCCAGGCAAGGAGCCCCGAGCGGCCGUGGGACAGCCAGAGCCGGCGGUGUCGUUCCAGGCCCGGCUGUGGAAGAACCUGCAGCUGGGGGGCAAGAGCCGGAGCGGCGGCGGGCGGGUGGCAGCAGAUCGCCGCACUGCGGAGCCCCCCACCCUGCCGCCGGCCAGCGACAAGGGGGACCUACCACCCGGCGCUAAGUGGGGAGGCUUCAAGCGGCGGAGGCAAGUGCUGGACCGCGUCUUCUCGUCCUCCCAGCCCAACCUCUGCUGCUCAGCCGCCGAGCCGCUGGAGCCGGGCGGCGAGUCCGGCUCCGCCUUGCGCCGGCUGCGGGAGCACCUGCUACCCCAGGGGAAGGGGCCGCCGCCCGGCCGCCGAAACGACCCCGCCACCGGGGAUGAGGGGCCCGCGGGGGGGAAGGAGGGCCGCCGGCCCGGAGCGCAUCUGUCCCACCAGAAGAGCUCCUCACUGCCGAGCACAGCCUGCCUGGAGCAGCUGCUGCAGGGCUCACCCGCCGCCGGCAGGAGGAAGGAGCAGCGGGCGGAGGACGGCGACGGCAGCGAGAGAACAAAUUUGGUUGGAACGAGUAAUGCAGAUUUUCCCUCAGGGGAUCCCGGAAUGUACCAAUUGGACGUUACUCUAAGAAGAGGACAGAAUCUAGCAGCACGGGACCGUGGAGGAACCAGUGACCCAUACGUCAAGUUCAAACUUGGAGGCAAAGAAGUAUUUAGAAGUAAAACAGUACACAAGAACCUCAAUCCUGUGUGGGACGAAAAAACAUGCAUUCUUAUAGAUAACCUAAGAGAACAGUUGUAUAUAAAGGUCUUUGACUAUGACUUUGGACUUCAAGAUGACUUUAUUGGUUCAGCGUUUUUGGAUCUCACAUCACUGGAAUUAAACAGGCAAACAGAUGUUACCUUGAGUCUGAAGGAUCCUCAUUACCCUGACCAUGAUCUGGGAAGCAUAUUAUUAUCAGUUCUGUUGGCUCCUAGAGAAGAACAGCGGGAAGUGACAAUGCUAAUGAGGAAGAGUUGGAAAAGAUCAAGUAAGACACAGAGCUUACGUCUCUCAGACCUGCACAGAAAAUCUCAGCUUUGGAGAGGGAUAGUUAGUGUUACCUUAAUAGAAGGUCGUGAACUAAAGGCAAUGGAUGCAAAUGGACGAAGUGAUCCUUAUGUGAAGUUCCGGUUGGGGCAUCAGAAGUACAAGAGCAAGAUUGUGCCAAAAACUUUGAAUCCUCAGUGGAGAGAGCAGUUUGACUUUCAUCUCUAUGAAGAACGAGGUGGAAUUAUUGAUAUUACCGUGUGGGACAAGGAUGCUGGCAAAAAGGAUGAUUUUAUUGGCAGGUGCCAGGUUGACCUGUCGACCCUGAGUAAAGAACAAACCCACAAACUGGAGAUGCCGCUGGAGGAGGGAGAGGGAUACCUGGUACUGCUGGUCACUCUCACAGCCUCAGCUGCAGUCACUAUCUCUGACCUCUCCACCAACUCCCUGGAGGACCAGAAGGAGCGAGAAGAGAUACUGAAGAGAUAU